GGCUUAUGUCAACGAGUCAAUCUCUGAGUGACAGUCUCAGUCUGAGCUGAAACCGGGCGCACGUGACUGGUUGCCGCCACUGCCGGCUUCGCACCGUGAACUUUCCUCUUCCUCCCUUCUGACUCCCGAAUUGGCGACAUGGACAUCGAUAUUAAGCCCAUUGCUUCGCCUCCUGUGACAACUAGAAGGACCGCUCUUCCUUAUCCUGGGAACACCGAUGGCCCUCCACCGAAACCGAAUAUUCCGACCCAAACCACUGGCGAAGAGGCCAAUGGCAAUGGUACGCUGAAGCUAGUGACGCCAACAUCGCUUCCGGGUAAGGCUGCUGCAGGGCCUUCCUCUGGGCUAACAUUGCCUGAGGCUGAAUGGUCGUUGCACAUCACGGAUGCGCUGAGCUACCUGGAUACACUCAGAGUCCAGUUCAAAGAUAAUCCAGAGGUUUACAAUCAUUUUUUGGAUAUCAUGAAGGAUUUCAGAACCCAAGCCGUUGAUAUCCCUGGCACCAUGCAACGGGUAGUGCGACUGUUUCAUGGAUACCCUAUGCUCAUCAGAGGAUUCAACACAUUUCUUCCAACUGGGUAUCGCAUAGAUCUAUCUGCAGAUCCGAACACAGUCACCAUCACUAUUCCCCAAGGAAACUACUGAGUACCUCGCGGAUUCAUUUCCCCUGGUCGUCCAUUUCCCCUGUUGUCCUAUGUAUCCUUCAACCUCUGUUGGCUCUGUAAAAUCAUUGCGGCAUGGCAGCCGACCCUCGCUAUCCUAGGUCGCAAUCUGUAACGGUCACGAUCUUAGUCCGAGAGCGAUGGAUGUAUUCCUUACUUUAUACUCAUGUCCCGCUGCUACAACUUCCAUUACUUCUCACAAUG